CGGUCACCUGUGUGGCCAGUGCCCCGCAGUGGCGCGCCCGCGUGCUAGUGGCUGGCACCUUCAGAGCCAGCGACACAGAGCUCAAGCAUCCCGUGCCUCAACGUCAGCCCGCGACACAGGUGGGACUCCCUUCCCGGCCCGAACCCCUGGCACAGAGUCACCCAGGGCUGCGCAGCAGGUCGCAGCAGCAGGUCUGGGGACCAGGCGGUUGAUUUGGGCGGCACCUGCGGAGGGCCACGCAACUUCUCCAGGCCUCCCGCCACUUUGGAAACUGCCCGGGACUGCGACCGCAACCCUUUAAGCUGGGGUUGCAGAGAAGAGGGUGGGUUGGUUUGAAAGACACAAGGGGAAAAAAAUGUAUUGUGGGGCGGGCUAAGUUUCCCACCCUCUUCCCCCUCCCCGAGCAAAUUAAAAACAAAACAAAUAGAAAAGCCAGCCCGCCAGCCAACCAAAGCCCCAAGCCGAGCCCCAGCCGAAGCACUCCUUUAAAAGGAUUUGCAGCGGAGAGGGAAAAAGAACCAGAGCCGACCGAGGAAUCUGUUCUGCAAACCCAGGUGAACAUCUCUGAAGUAAGAUGAUUUGUCAGAAAUUCUAUGUGGUUUUGUUACACUGGGAAUUUCUUUAUGUGAUAGCUGCACUUAACUUGGCGUAUCCCAUUUCUCCCUGGAGAUUUAAGUUGUUCUGUGCACCACCAAAUACAACGGAGGACUCCUUUCUUUUACCUGCUGGAAUCCCAAAGAAUGCUUCAGCGUUGAGUGGGGCUUCUGAAGUGGUUGUUGAAGCUAACGUCAAUACAAGUAGUGUCUACGUUUCUGAGUUAUCCAAAACCAUCUUCCAUUGUUGCUUUGGGAAUGAGCGAGGUAAAAACUGCUCUGUGCGAGCAGGCAACACAGAAGGGAAGGCCCUAGCUUCAACAGUAAAGGCUUUAGUUUCUCAACAGCUAGGUGUAAACUGGGACGUAGAGUGCUGGAUGAAAGGGGACUUGACAUUAUUCAUCUGUCAUAUGGAACCAUUACUUAAGAACCCCUUCAAGAAUUAUGACUCUAAGGUCCAUUUUUUAUAUGAUCUGCCUGAAGUCAUAGAUGGUUUGCCUCUGGCUCCCUUGAAAGACAGUUUUCAGACUGUCCAGUGCAACUGCAGUGUUCGGGACUGUGACUGUCAUGUGGUAGUGCCAAGAGCCAAAGUCAACCACUCUCUUCUGAUGUACUUGGAAAUCACAUCUGCUGGAGUGACUUUUCAGUCACCUCUAAUGACAGUGCAGCCCAUGCUUGUCGUGAAACCUGAUCCACCGUUAGGUUUACAAAUGGAAAUCACAGAUGAUGGUAAUUUAAAGAUUUCUUGGGACAGCCCAAUGGUGGCACUCUUUCCACUUCAAUAUCAAGUGAAAUAUUCAGAGAAUUCUACAGUUAAAAAAGAGGUUGCCGAAGUUGUCUCCGAUCCUUUCCUGCUGGUACACAGUGUGCUUCCUGGAUCUUCGUAUGAGGUUCAGGUGAGGAGCAAGAGACUGGAUGGCUCGGGAAUCUGGAGUGACUGGAGUUUGCCUCAAGUCUUCACCACACAAGAUGUCAUGUACUUUCCACCCAAACUUCUGACAAGUGUUGGAUCGAACGUCUCCUUUCAAUGCAUCUACAAAAAUGAAAACCAAAUUAUUUCCUCAAAACAGAUAGUUUGGUGGAUGAAUCUAGCUGAGAAAAUCCCCGAAAUACAGUACAGCGCUGUGAAUGACCACGUUAGCCAAGUGACUUUUUCCAACUUGAAGGCCACCAGACCUCGAGGGAAGUAUGCCUAUGACGCAGUAUACUGCUGCAGUGGGCAGGAGUGCCAUCACCGCUACGCUGAAUUAUAUGUGAUUGAUGUCAAUAUCAAUAUAUCAUGUGAAACUGAUGGGUACUUAACUAAAAUGACUUGCAGAUGGUCACCCAGCACAAUCCAAUCACUUGUGGGAAGCACUGUGCAGUUGAAUUAUCACAGGAGCAGCCUGUAUUGUUCCGAUAGUCCGUCUAUUCAUCCUGCAUCCGAGUCCAAAAGCUGCAUCUUGCAGAGGGAUGGCUUUUAUGAAUGUGUUUUCCAGCCCAUCUUUCUAUUAUCUGGCUACACAAUGUGGAUCAGGAUCAAUCAUUCUUUAGGUUCACUUGACUCUCCACCAACGUGUGUCCUUCCCGACUCCGUAGUAAAACCACUACCUCCAUCUAGUGUGAAAGCAGAGAUUACUAUAAACAUUGGAUUAUUAAAAAUAUCUUGGGAAAAGCCUGUCUUUCCAGAGAAUAACCUUCAGUUCCAGAUUCGAUAUGGCUUAAAUGGAAAAGAAAUACAAUGGAAGACGCACGAGGUAUUUGAUGCAAAAUCAAAGUCUGCCAGUCUGCCGGUGCUGGACCUCUGUGCUGUCUACGUGGCACAGGUACGCUGCCGGCGGUUGGAUGGACUUGGGUACUGGAGUAAUUGGAGCAGUCCAGCCUACACACUUGUUAUGGAUGUGAAAGUUCCUAUGAGAGGACCUGAAUUUUGGAGAAUAAUGAGUGGCGAUGUUUCUAGAAAAGAGAGAAAUGUCACCUUGCUUUGGAAGCCCCUGAUGAAAAAUGACUCCCUGUGCAGUGUGAGGAGGUAUGUGGUGCAGCACCAUACUGCCUACGAUGGGACAUGGUCAGAAGAUGCGGGAGAUCAGACCAAUCUCACUUUCCUGUGGGCAGAACAAGUGCAUACCGUUACAGUUCUGGCCGUCAAUUCCAUCGGUGCUUCACUUGCAAAUUUUAAUCUGACAUUUUCAUGGUCAAUGAGUAAAGUGAGUGCCGUGGAGUCCCUCAGUGCUUACCCCCUGAGCAGCAGCUCUGUGAUCCUUUCCUGGACGCUGUCGCCUGGGGAUUACAAUCUACUAUACCUGGUGAUUGAAUGGAAGAAUCUUAAUGAAGACGAUGGGAUGAAAUGGCUUAGAAUCCCUUCGAAUGUUAAGAAGUAUUACAUCCACGAUAACUUCAUUCCCAUCGAGAAAUAUCAGUUUAGUCUUUAUCCAGUAUUUAUGGAAGGAGUUGGAAAACCAAAGAUAAUUAAUGGUUUCACCCAAGAUGACAUGGACAAGCGGCAGACUGACGCAGGGCUGUAUGUGAUUGUGCCCAUCAUUAUUUCUUCUUGUGUCCUGCUGCUCGGAACACUGUUAAUCUCACACCAGAGAAUGAAAAAGUUGUUUUGGGAAGAUGUUCCAAACCCCAAGAAUUGUUCCUGGGCACAAGGACUUAAUUUCCAAAAGCCUGAAACAUUUGAGCAUCUUUUUACCAAGCAUGCAGAAUCAGUGAUAUUUGGUCCUCUUCUUCUGGAGCCUGAACCCAUUUCAGAAGAAAUCAGUGUCGAUACAGCUUGGAAAAAUAAAGAUGAGAUGGUACCAGCAGCUAUGGUCUCGCUUCUUUUGACCACUCCAGACCCUGAGAGGGGUUCUAUUUGUAUUAGUGACCAGUGUGACAGUGCUCCCUUCUCUGGGGCUCACAGCACUCAAGUGACCUGUGAGGACGAGUGUCAGAGACAACCCUCAGUUAAAUAUGCAACGCUGGUCAGCCACUCGAAAACGGUGGAAACUGAUGAAGAGCAAGGGCUUACCCAUGGCUCCAUCAGCAAUUGCAUCUCCAGAGAACACUCCCCACUGAGAGAAUCUUUCCCUAGCAGCUCCUGGGAGAUAGAGACUCAGGCAUUUUUCCUAUUAUCAGGUCAGCAACCCAACACGAUUUCCCCACAGCUUUCAUUCUCGGCAUUGGAUGAGAUUUUGGAACUGGAAGGAAACUUCCCUGAAGAAAAUCAUAGCGAAAAGUCUGCCUAUUAUUUAGGGGUCACCUCCAUCAAAAAAAGAGAGAAUGAUAUGUUUUUGACUGACGAGUCAGGAGUAUUGUGCCCAUUCCCAGCCCACUGUCUGUUUCGUGACAUCAGAAUCCUCCAGGACAGUUGCUCACACUUCGUAGAAAAUAAUUUGAAUUUAGCAACCUCUGCUCAGAAGACCUUUGUACCUUACAUGCCGCAGUUUCAAACCUGUUCCACUCACAGUCAUAAGAUAAUGGAGAGUAAGAUGUGUGACUUAACUGUGUAAUCUCAUUCAAGAAGCCUCCAGGUUUGUGUGCCAGUAGAGCGUAUCAUGUGUAAUAUAUUUUAUUGUUGUGGAUGUGGGGGACAAGUGUCAGAGUCUAGUUUGAAAAUGAUUGUUUUGAAAUUAAUUGUGUCUGUCUUCUCUCAGUAAUGCAGACAAUCAUACAAGGAAGCCUUCAUGAGUCUAGUGAUGUAGAUGGACUCUCAUUGAAUACGUUGUCAAGCUAGCCUGGGGAGGGCUCUUAUUUCUAGCUAAAAAUAAACUCAGGAAGUAGAAUCCUUCUAAACAGCUGGCCUCUGUGGAAAGAACAAAUUUCAACAUUAUAUUGACACCUGAAAGAGAGGCUUCAAACUAAGAUCUCUGAGAUAUAAUUGUUUCAAGUGUGUGUUUGUCUUACCUUGAGUUGUCUUGUCUUGUGCUAAUUCACACAUGUGCAUGUGAAAAUUUAAACUGAAUAGGUAUUCUUGUGUGCUUUGGAAGUGUGUGACAUGUUCAUAUCUUGUGCCACUCGACUGUGUUAUUUGAAGUGUCACUCCCUUAAAUUUGAUAAUAAUAUCAACACUAAUAAUCUCUAAUAAGUAGAGAAUGGAACCCUACUCUAAGAAGUUACACUUUUGAAGAGGGACAGUGUAGCUAAUCCCUUUGCAACAAAGCCAGGACCCAUGACAGAGGAUGAAGACAACUGUGAGAAUGACAGCAUCAUCACCAGCACUUGGAUGACAGUGUGGUCAGCUUUGAGAGCACGAUGCCAGCCUUAACGAAAGUCCACGGAAACGAUUAUUUUCUGAUGGAUUGCCAAGUGUCACUGCAUCCCACUCUAGAACAUCAUCCCUCCCCAUCUCCACUGGGAUGCUAUUUCUCCCCUCACUGGAUACCAUUAGAUAAAACAACCACUGUGCUUUACAGGUUGCACACAUUAACUUGCUUACUGCAAUAAUUGCAUGAGGCACAGGCUAUACAUUCCCACUGUGUCAUUAUCCCCCUGUGAAGGAUGAAGCCAUUAAGUCAUCCACCCAAUGUCCUAGACAUAAUCAUUGAUGGAACCAGAAUUCAGAUUUAAUCCACACCAUUUUAAUACUACUGGUUGAAUUUUAAACCUAGCUUUUACUUUGUCAUGCUUUAAAAAUCAAAAUACCUGAUGUCAUCAAAGAAGACCUAGUGAGAGGGAACAGAGUGAUGGGGGAAUAAUUGAGACCUGUUCUUCAACUUGAAAAUUGAUGUAUGGAUGUAUUAUUUAUGGCAAGUUUGAUAUGGCAAGAUGAUUCAAAGACAACCUAGCAAGCAAGAAGUUAGGUAAAAAAACAAAAAACAAAAAACAAAAAACUGCACAUUCAGGUGUUCAAUGUCAAGAAGAAUUCCAAGAAUAUCAGUAUCAUCAAAGGGAGUAUGUUAAUGCUUAUCAGUAUGCUUAUGUAUUGCCAAGCAUCACUAGCAUUUCAUACUAACCUGAGACUGAGCUCCUGAUUUUACCAUUAACCUAAGUAAAUCCCACCAUGCCAUCUCUACUCCAAUUAGAGUUUUAUGGAUGAGCACUUCUAAGUGAUAAGACAGAUCCCUGACGCUAAUUAGAUUUUUUCUCAGGCUUUGUGUUUGAUGAAACUGUCAUAUGUCCUGAAUUAGGAAGAUGACUCAAGAUCCCACCAUCCACUGAUGCCUGUUUUGUCAUGAGAAGGCAGAAGGUAGAACACUAACUAGUUGGCGUUCUGUGCAAAGAUAUGGGAAAUUUUUUCUCCCACUGUUUUUCAGUAACAAAUUAUUACAUGUUGAAAUGACUCAUCUAUCACUUUUAAUAUUUGCCUAUUAGGUGGAGCCUAUUAAUUGAAAGUACAGUAUAAGAGAGAUGGAAAAUUUAAACUUUUCCCCUGUCAGUGUGUAGCUAGAGAUUAACCACUGAGCAUGUCCAUUGUGAUAGCAUGGGCUUGGGCUUUCUGGACCCAGAACACCAUGUAAGAGAAACCAAUGGGUAUUUUAAUGAGCUCAGGAGUGAAUCUGGUGUGUGAGUGACAGUGAAUUCACAAAUCCAACAGUCAUUGAAAUACUACAAAUGUGAGCUAGAGUCAUCUAGGGACAGCAUAUUAAUGUGAGCUCAUUGGUACUGUGCUUCUAAAACAGAGAAAUUGCAUCAAUAAGACUGACUGACAUCUGCAGCUAUGUUCAGAACAGGGGCUGAACUACAUGGGUAUCCACAGAAUAAGGUCAAGUUUAUUGCCAGUGACUUGGGUUCUUACUUCCACUUAUGAAAGCUGAUUUCACUAUUGCUACAUGUUAGUCACUGGGUCCUUGUGAAAAUUGUUACUAAAUCAAGUUUUGUAAAAUUUGGGAAAAAUGUAUGGUGUUUGAUAACUCAGAAUAAUCUCACUUUUCUUCCCAAGGCUUCUAUAAUUUUUAAGGGAUGAAAGAGUUCAAUGUGAAUUUUGGAGUUCUGUUCUACAGUAGUUUUUGAACCUUAUCUAUUUGUGUGGGUUGAUCCUAAGCCUCACACAAGCUGGCAAGAGCUCCAACACACUGAGAAACAACUUCCAAACUUGGCCUCUAAAAUCUUGUGAGGAAGCUUGGCAGUGGUGAUGCAUACCUUUCAUUCCAGCACUCGGGAGGCAGAGGCAAGAGGAUCUCUGAGUUUGAGGCCAACCUGGUCUAUAGAGUGAGUGCCAGGACAGCCAGGGCUACACAGAGAGAACCUGUCUUGAAAAACCAAAAAAAACAAACAAACAAAAAACCCCCAAACCCUGUGAUGACUAUGGAAUUUUGAAUAUGUCUUUUAAAGUCCUUAAAUUGAAAAAAAUAAAC